UUUGGGACAAUUUGUUUAUAGUGGAAUAACCCAGCUCAUUUGUAUUAGUACUACCAGUGUCAUGCAUGAGUACUUCUAUAAGGUAAUUACCCUGCUCCUUCGGCAACUGUCCACAUCUCCCUUACACUCUCUUUUUUAAAAGACAGCCUAUUCAAUUACAAACCCUCAAAACUCAAACAAACUCUCCACUUCUCUACACUUCCUCUCUAUCCGCCUCUUUUCUUUCCCAUUCUCUCUCCCCUUUUAACAUUCUUCUUCACACACAAAAACUGGCCUUUGAAAACAAACAGAUCUCUUUCUCUUUUUUACACCUUACACAAUGAAUAAACAAGAUUUCUUAAAAACCCAGAGUUGCGUUCUUAGAGUGAAUAUACACUGUGAUGGAUGUAAGAGCAAAGUAAGGAAAAUUCUUCAAAAAAUUGAUGGGGUUUACACAACAAAUAUAGAUUCAGAGCAGGGGAAGGUGACAGUAACUGGAAAUGUAGACCCAUCAGUUUUGAUUAAGAAGCUCGAGAAGAAUGGAAAACAUGCUGAGUUAUGGAGUGGUUCAAAAGGAGGUGGAAAUCAAAACAAUAAUCAGUUUAUGAAUCAGUUCAUGAAUCUGAAUAAUCAGAUGAAGAACAUUAACUUUGAUGGUGGUAAAUCUGGGAAAGAUAAUAAUAAAGGUCAAAAGGGUGGUAAUGAACAGAAGAAAGGAGGACAAGGACAGGGAAAUCCACAAGUUCAACAACAGUUGCAGAACUUUCAAUUUCUUCAACAAAUUCAACAGCAGCAGCAAAUGAAGGGUGUGAAAAUGCCUGCUGCUAAGGAUCAAAAGGCAGUUAAGUUUAGUUUGCCUGAAGAUGAGUUUGAUGAUGAGGAUGAUUUUGAUGAUGAGUUUGAUGAUGAGUAUGAUGAUGAGUAUGAUGAUGAUGAGUUGGAUGAUGGGUAUGAUGACCAUCAUCAUGGUCAUCAGUCUGGUAAGAAAAUACCCAUCAUGGUUAAGGAUGUAAAAAGUAGUGGUGGUGGUGGUGGUGGUGGUGAUAAGAAAGGUAAAAAUGGAGGUGGGGAUAAGAAGGGGAAGGAAGGUGGUAAGAAGGAAGGAGGUAAGAAAGAAGGUGGUGGGAUGGCUAGUAUUUUUAAGGGUAUGUUAGGAGGUGGUGGUGGGAAUAGUGAUAAGAAGGGUAAUGAUGGGAAAAAAGAUGGUAAAAAAGGUGAGAAAAACAAGGGAGGAGAUGGUAAAGGUGGUAAAAAUCAAGGAAAUGGAGGAAAAGGUGGUGAAAAUGGUAAAAAUAAUGGUGGGUUUGAAGGUAAAAAUGGAAAAGGAGGUGAGAAUGGUGGUAAAGGUGGUAAAAAUGGGGGUGGAAAUAACAAAAAUGGAGGUGGAAAUAAUGGAGGAAACAACCAUAAUCAUAAUAAUGGUAAUAAUGGUGGUGGUAAAAAAGGUGGUGGGUUUCCUCAAAUGCAUAGCAAUAUAAAUAUGGGUCAAAUGGGUAAUCACCAAAUUGGUCAAAUGGGCCCGGCUGCCGCGGGGUUGCCAGCUAUGCACAUGAUGGGUGGAAAUGGCGGUGGUGGUAGUGGGUUUAACCCGGGGAUGGGUAUGGGAAUGGGAAUGGGGAUGGGUCCAGGAUCACAUAAUCCUCAACAGCAGCAGUACAUGGCAAUGAUGAUGAACCAGCAAAGAAUAAACGGUGGAGACGGAAAUGGGAUGAUGCAUCAUCAACCAAUGAAUGCAUCAAUGAUGUAUGGAAGGCCACCAAUGGGUGUUGGAUAUGGACCUCCCAUGGUCCCUCCCCCAGGAUAUCAUGACCCUUACACAUCCUAUUUUAGUGAUGAAAACACUAAUAGUUGCAGUAUCAUGUAAAUUCUUUCUUAUUUCACUGUAACUUAUUUUAAUUUUUAAUUUUAGUUAUUUUUAAUUUUAAGAUAUGUUUGAUUAAAAAUUAGGUUAGAUUGUUUGGAUUAUCCCUAGUGUGAGCUUAAUUAGUGUUAAUUGUGUUUGUGUGGGGUUUUUAGUUGAAUUAGUUGGUUGUUAGCUCAACUUAAAAAGAGUUGAAAAGUGCCAUAUUUCUCUUGUAAGCUGUAAGCAUAGGAAAAUGGAAGUUUUUGUUCAAACUAUGUAGCACUAUUUGAAGUAUGUUAUAUCUUCAUUGAA